AUGUUGAUGUCCAGUGGUUCUACUGUACUCUACCUGGGUGGACACAUGCGUCGCAUGGUCGCAAAUGGACAAAGUCUAUCCUGUCCACAGUUAAGGAAUCAGUUGAGGGUCACCGUCACCGGCAUCCUACAGGGAGUUCUGUAUACGUUCUGUGCCAUCUGGAUCACGUUCAGUGCUUUUCCUGGGGGCAUUGUAUUCAACAUCCUUUCCCAAUUAUUCUAUCUGGUGAUGGUCUGUGGUAUGUACACGAGUAUGACCUCCUCUGUCUGGCUGAACUUCUUCUACUGCUGCCAGAUUGUACCUGCAAAGAGAGCUUUCUUCAUCUGGAUGAAGAAGAAUGUCAAAUCCAUCAUCUACUGCAUUUGCAACAAUUCCACAGAGGUCCACUUUGCUUGCUGUUUCUGUGUUAUGUUGAUGUCCAGUGGUUCUACUGUACUCUACCUGGGUGGACACAUGCGUCGCAUGGUAGCAAAUGGACAAUGUAUGUCCUGUCCACAGUUAAGGAAUCAGUUGAGGGUCACCGUCACCGGCAUCCUACAGGGAGUUCUGUAUACGUUCUGUGCCAUCUGGACCGCGUUCAAUGAUUUUCCUGGGGGGGAGUUGCUGGUCAGGCUGUAUUCAGGCAGAGAGCAGCACACAUCUGGCUUAGAGCAGCUCAGUGGUGCAAAGCACCUCACGUACAACCGUCUGAAGAAGAAGAUGAUGCUGAAGCUCAAACCAGAAGACCAGGGCUCUGCUGAGGUAAAGAUAAGACACUUCAAUCAACAUGUAUGCGAGCUGCGCCUGAAGCUUGAAACAUUAUCAGAGGAGUUCUGA